AAAAAAUACCGUAUCUCUCUCCCUCUUCUCUUGUCACCCGCCGCUCAGACGCCAUUGCUCUGUUCUCUCGCAGACAAUCUCACCCAGUAGUUUCUCCACACGCGCACACGACAUACGCUCAACAUAUUACCCCACCCACAACGUGAUUCGUCGUGCGUUGUGAUUAGUAGUAGCAGCGUCCUCUUUCUCCUUUGGAUGGGAUUGAUCCUGAUCGGAGGACAGUUUUGUCACGGCAGGUGUUCGAUGAAAUGCCUCUGACAGCGCUUUGUUGAUGCUUUGGAUUCGCGCGUGGAAUUUGUUCCGGCACUGGACGGAGCCGAAGCGAUUAGCUAUCGAAUUCCAAGCUUUUCGACCGGAAUUUUGAGUGGUCGCGGGAGCGGUUUUCACGGUAUCCAUGGCUUCUAGAGGUCGCGGCCGAGGGAGAUUUGGUGGUGGUGGUAGAACCUCCUUUGCCAAGCAAGAGCCAUUUGUUCUUUUCCCAGAUGUCGAGUUACCACCAGUGCGAGAUGUGUCUAAGGAGGAAAGGGCACUUGUAGUUUGGAGUUCAAGGUUGCAAAAUUACUGGAAAUCGUCUCCUUAUUACCUCGAAGAGACCAUUUCAAGCACGAGCCAAAGCAUUGAUAUAGAGAGGUUCUCUGACCGGGAAAAGAUGAAGGCCAAGCCGACACGUGAUUCUUUCAUGCAAUUCCUAGAGGCUAAUGCUUCUAAUUUCCCCAGAGAACUUGUAGCAGAUUCUAGAGAGGAGCGGAGGAGAAAGAGGAAAAGGGUGCAGUGGAACCCAGAGUCAGACAUGCAGAAGCUCGAUCUCUUUGAGAAGCUUGAACAGAAGUAUCAGGGCCAAGAAGACAAAGGUGAAAAGGAAAAGAAAGAAGGUGAAGAAGAAGAGCAAGAUGAUGGAGUGGAGGAGGCUGAUGAAGAAUUUAGUGAUGAUGGUGAUUACAACCAGAAUGUAGACUUUGAUGAUGAUGAAGACGAUUUCAACAUGGGAGAUGACAACGACGAUGAAGGCAUUUUUUAGUUGUUAUUCUUUCAAGAAUGAGUUUCGGCCCGCCCUUCUCGAUUAUACUAAUAUGCACUUUCAAGAUCAAGAAAUCCUGACUCGGCAUUUGCACGUCCUUUUUGGGAAACAAGAAGAACAUGGCCUGUAUAUACAAUGUCGCAGCAGCAAGUCAGCCAGCAGCAUCGAUUAUGCGAUUCUUGUUUCUCGACGUUUUCUCUCUUAGAUUUUGAUAUUCCUUGCAUGGAGUUUUGCAUCUUCAUGUUCCAAGCCUUGGAGGACAUGGUUCAAGCUCGUUUGUGGCAGAGUUCAUCAAAUGUUCUUGUCGCCA